GUACGCAUUUAUGGUUCUCCGGGAGUACACAAUAAUUUCCCCAUUUUCUGUGCCAAAUGCAUGAUCUUUAGGUUCAGUAGUGGAUUGGGUAAUUUGAAUAUUUGGCUAUUUGAAUGAAAUUUUCCAUUACUAUAUACUGUGAUUGUUGUAAAGCUCAAGGUUUGAUGGAAUUGACAUGCGUAUAUUAUUUUUAGAAUGAGGAAAGAGUAGAUUUGACAAUGUAUUGGUUCAAUUGACGGAAUUCGACUAUGAUCAGCUUUCAGGUUGAGCCUUACAAGAGCUAUCUCCAAUUCAAUAAAAUGUUAAAGGGUCUUUGCGUUUCAGGAAGAUUAAGGGAAGCUGUGGGGCUUUUGUGCACUGUGGGAGUGUGAGUGGAACCAGGAACUUAUGCUCUUCUAUUGCAGGAAUGCAUAUUCAGAAAAGAGUACAAGAAGGGUAAAAGAAUCCAUGCACUAAUGGUUGUUGUUGGAUAUGAUCCCAACGAGUAUUUGAAGACAAAGUUGUUGAUAUUAUAUGUGAAAUCAGGGGAUCUAGGAACUGCUCACAUUCUGUUUGAUAAUUUGCAUGAGAAAAGCUUGGUUUCAUGGAAUGCAAUGAUUGCAGGUUAUGUGCAAAAGGGGCUUGAAGAAGUAGGGUUAAAUCUUUAUUACAAGAUGAGACAGUCUGGUUUUAUACCAGAUCAGUAUACCUCCGCAUCAGUAUCCUGGGCUACUUUAGCAACACUUAAGCAUGGGAAACAGGCCCAUGGUGUCAUGAUCAAGUGUCAAAUUAGGGAAUAUGUGGUAGUCAAUAGUGCCCUCAUGGACAUGUACUUUACAGGCAGUAGUUUAUCUGAUGGGCAUCAGGUAUUUGACAAGUCUUUAAAUAGGAAUGUUGUUAUGUGGAUUGCUUUAAUCUCUGAAUACGGUCAGCAUGGAAAAGUUGUAGAGGUUUUGGAAUCUUUUCAUGGGAUGAAAAAUGAAGGCCUCAAACCAAAUUAUGUUACUUUUCAUUCAGUUCUUUCUGCUUGCAGCCAUGGAGGCUUAGUUGAUGAGGGUUGGGCAUAUUUUUCAUCUAUGACCAAAGAUUAUGGAAUUCAGCCAAGAGGACAACAUUAUGCUGCUAUAGUUGAUCUUUUAGGGCGUGAUCGGUUACAAGAGGUGUAUGAGUUUGUUCUGGACACACCUUCUAAGGAGCACUCAGUGAUGUGGGGUGCUUUGCUUGGGGCUUGUAUUUGGGACAAUGUUAUAGAGGUUAGGGCUGUGAUGAGGGAAUUGGGGAUCAUAAAGGAAAGUGUGGCAAUAAUAAAAUCAAAUAAGGAUACAAGAUAUGGAUUGGAUUCAAUCGUGACACAUGAUGGGGCAAAAUUGCCAUGCUUGGCCUUACCAGAUUUGUCAUCAUUCAGACAAAAAUUUGGUCUUGAUGCAUAUGAUAAGUUAGAUGUGAUUGGUAUUGAUGAAGCUCAAUUCUUUGAGGACCUUUAUGAUUUCUGUCGUGAAGCUGCUGAUAAUGAUGGCAAAACAGUAAUAGUUGCUGGACUAGAUGGUGAUUAUUUAAGGAGGAGCUUUGGUUCUGUGCUGGAUAUAAUUCCCCUGGCUGAUUCUGUUACUAAAUUAACUUCUCGCUGUGAACUUUGCGGUAAACGUGCUUUCUUCACCUUAAGGAAAACGGAGGAAGCACAAACUGAACUGAUUGGUGGGGCUGAUGUCUACAUGCCCGUGUGUCGGAAGCACUAUGUCAGUGGACAAGUAGUCAUGGAAGCUGCAAGGACUGUCUUGGAAUCUCAAAACGUUCAGUGUAUUUCUUAUGCAUAGUUCAAGAGUUCAACUACUUAGCAGAAAAUCUAGAUUUUCCUAGUAUUCUAGAUUUUCCUAGCAUGCUCUACUUUGUAGUCUACACAACUUGUCGAUUGUGAAAUUGCAAUGGUGUUAAAGAAUUUUACGUCUUUAGGUUCCUCUCAAGAAUGUAUAUAUCGCUAAAUCUAUUUAAAUGAUGAAUUUUUUAUA